AUGUUCAAAUACGUCGCUGUCAUCUGCGCCCUGGUUGCCUGCACUGUCGCGAAGCCUGGACUUCUUCUGCAGACACCACUGGCUGCUCCAGCUGCCAUCAUUGCUGCUCCCGCUCCUCCACUGCUGACAGCCAGCAGUAGCCAGGUGGUGGCCAGAAACUAUAACGGCAUCGGCGUCGCGCCCGUAAUUGCUUCUGCUCCACUCAUCAGAGCCGUGGCCCCAGUUGCUGUUCCUCUGGCUGCGCCUCUCGUCGCCAAGUAUGCUGCUUAUCCGCUGGCAGCACCAAUAGCUGCUCCACUCACUUCUCCAGUCUUUGCCCGAUAUGCAGCUGCUCCUCUCGCUGCUCCGCUUACCUAUAAUGCACCGCUGCAGCACCUGCACCACUUUUGA